AUGCCUAGAUCUUCUCGUACAGGUGAACUGCAAUAUAAUCCUGAGAUAGAGAAGACUGCUCGUGCAUUGAGAAAAGCAACAAGAGAACGAGCAGAGGCAUCCUCCUCAUCUACUGGACAUAAUUCAGUAGUAGAUUUUGUGGAUUCAUUUAGUGAGACGGAAGAGAUAGAUAGCACCAUGGCUAAUGAACGGACAUUGAGAGAAUUGGCUGCACCAGAUUUAAAUCAACAGCCUCUAUGCAUUACUUAUCCUACAUUAGAGGUUGCAUUUGAGUUAAAAUCUGGACUAAUCCAUUUACUUCCUUCUUUUCAUGGCUUACCAGGUGAAGAUCCCCACAAGCAUCUCAAAGAAUUCCAUGUGGUUUGCUCGACAAUGAAACCCCAGGGAGUCACAGAGAAGCAAAUUAAAUUAAGAGCCUUUCCAUUUUUCUUAGCCGAUAAAGCUAAGGAUUGGCUCUAUUAUCUGCCCUCUGGGUCAAUAUCCAUAUGGACAGACAUGAAGAAGCAUUUUCUAGAAAAAUUCUUUCCUGCAUCCCGAGCUGCAAGCAUUAGGAAAGACAUCUGCGGAAUUCGACAAUUCAAUGGAGAGACUCUACAUGAAUAUUGGGAAAGAGAGACUCUACAUGAAUAUUGGGAAAGAUUCAAAAGAAUUAUUGAUGCUGUCAGUGGGGGCUCCUUAGUGAAUAAAACACCCACAGAGGUAAGAAGUUUGAUAUCGAGUAUGGCUGCAAAUGCUCAACAAUUUAGAGACAGGCAGGAUAACACAACUCGUAGAGUCAAUGAGUUAGCUAUAGGACAAAUGCAGCAAUUGAAAACAUGUGGAAUCUGCUAUGGUUCGAGUCAUCCAACAGAUAUGUGCCCCACACUCCAAGAUGAUUCGACUGAGCAGGCUAAUGCAGUUGGAUUUCCAGGACCACCUCAGAGGCGGUAUGAUCCCUAUGCAAACACCUAUAAUCCAGGAUGGAGGGAUCAUCCUAAUUUUAGUUAUGCAGCAAGGCCACCAGGAUUUCCACAACAGCCACAAUAUCAACCUAGACCUCAACUUUCACAGCAACAAUCUGCUCCUAAAUCAGUCAAUAGAUUGGAGUCCCAAUUAUCUGGAAAGCUACCUUCGCAGACAAUUGUCAACCCCAAGCAAAAUGCCAGUGCCAUCACAUUAAGAAGUGGCAAAGAGUUGCCUGAGCCGAGCAAGAGAAUUUCUGAACAAGCAAUCGAGGAAGAGCUCGAAAAAGAGGGGAAUGUGUCUCAACCUAGAGCCUUGGAGCAACCAGAUUUUGGAGAAAAAUCAACACAAGUGGUUACACCUCCGCCUCCUUUUCCCAGUCGAUUUGCAAAAUCUAAGAAAAGGGAGCAAGAGCAAGAAGUUUUUGACAUUUUUCGCAAAGUUGAGGUAAAUAUUCCUCUUCUCGACGCCAUUAAGUAA